AUGUCUUCUACACGCCGGCAGCGACUCUUCACCCUCGCCCCCCUCCUCAUUACACUCACGGCAUUCAUACUUGCCCUGCUCACCCUGCUGGCCGGCUACAAGCCGGGGUUCAUGUCCGACACCCACAUCAUCCUCCUCGACACGAGCCAGCUCGGCGAGAGCCUCCUCCCGCUAGCGACGACGGCUAAGGCCAAGGCGCCCAAGGCGCCUAAGAAGCCCAAGGCCCCCAAGGCCCCCAAGGCCCCCAAGACGCCCAAGAAGCCCCGCACCGGCAAGGAGGACGAGGACGAAGACGAGGAUCUCCAGAGCGUCACCGACGCCCUCGGCGUCGAGCGCUUCUACGCCCUCCACGCCAUGACGGUCUGCUCUGGCCAGUACGCAAACGGCGAAGACUCGUCGGACGGCCUCACCCCCAGCCGCUGCACCGAGCCGCUCGCCGAGCUCAACGUGCUCUCGGUCGUGGACCUCGACCUCCGCAUCCCGGGCCCCAUCCGCGCCGCCAUCGCCGACGUGGCCAACGCGGCGCCCAAGAUCUUCCGCGCCAUGGCGGGGCUCUUCAUCGCCGGCGUCGUGCUGGCCGGCCUCGCCACCCUCGGCGGCAUCGUCUCCCUGCUGCUCCCCGGCGCGGCCCCCGUGCUGGCCGUGCUGAACGUGCUUGUGCACUUGCUCGCGUCCGUGAUGCUGCUGUCGGGCACGCUGCUGACCACCGUGGGCGGCGACAAGCUGGCGGGCGUCAUCGAGGACAAAGGCGGGCGGAUCGGGCUGCACGCGCAGGCGGGUUCCAAGUUUAGAGGGCUUAGUUGGGCCUCGUUCGUGAUCACCGGGCUUGCGGCCCUGGUCUGGGCCUUUGGCUUCUUUGCUGUCUAUCGCAGGCGCGCGUAA